GACUGUCUGCUCGUCUAGAUCAGUGUGAGUGGUCACACAACGUCUUUGUGGUUCUACCUGCAAUCCUGACCAUGCUGUAUUUGCUGACAAUAGCUUCCCUUGUUUCGUUUGGGGUGUGCGUUCCCAACAAUCAGAUCGGGGACAGCGUGGAAGCGCGCAACCUCUUCCACAAGGCGGACCUCAACAAGGAUCAACACAUCCACAUGGACGAGUUCAUCAAGAUAUUCAUGGACUUCGAUGAGAAUGGCGAUGGUGUUGUGACCACCCCGGAGUUUGUCGGAGAGUGGACGUUUCGUGAGCUGGGACCCGCCAAUGAGGCCGUAGUUCUCUUUUACAACAUUGACGUCAACAAAGACGGCAAAUUAACCAGAGAUAAUGAUUUGACCUUUAUCUUCAACUACUUCGAUAUGGACUUUAAUCACGAGUUAACAGAAGCGGAGUUUGUAGUUCAGUGGAUAAAACUAUCCCUUGCAUAAGACAAUGUAGUUAACAAAACAAACGAAAAUUAAAAAUAAUAAAUCAUACUGAUCAA